AUGGCAAAGCAUGUUGUGUGUCUCCUGCUAGCCCUUACCCUGGUACGCUCAUCUCUUGCACAGCCAAAGCUCCUACUGUUUUUGCUUGAUGGGUUUCGACAUGAUUAUAUCUCUGAGGAAGCACUAUUGUCUUUGCCUGGCUUCAGAGAGAUUGUCAGCAGGGGAGUGAAAGUGGACUACCUAACCCCCGACUUUCCCAGUCUUUCUUAUCCAAACUAUUACACCCUGAUGACUGGUCGCCACUGUGAAGUCCAUCACAUGACUGGAAACUACAUGUGGAAUCCAGGGACAAAUCUGUCUUUUGACAUUGGAAUGAACCCAGAGAGCCUUCUGCCGCUUUGGUGGGAUGGAUCCGAGCCCUUGUGGGUCACUAUGACAAAAGCCAAGAGGAAGGUCUCUAUGUACUAUUGGCCUGGCUGCGAAGUUGAAAUCCUUGGAAUUCGACCUAACUAUUGUAUACCAUAUGAAAAUGUUCCAACGGAUGCCAAUUUCUCCAAUGCUGUAAAUCAUGCCAUUGAGUCUUUAAGCAAUGGUGCAGCAGACAUGGCAGCCAUAUACUAUGAACGGAUUGAUGUAGAAGGUCAUCGUUUUGGCCCUUCAUCAUAUCAGAGGAAGAAUGCUGUAAAAGCAGUGGAUAACGUCUUGCUCAAGAUGUCUAAGCUUAUCAAGGACAAGAAUUUGCAGAAUGAGUUAAAUGUUGUUUUCUUUUCUGAUCAUGGAAUGACUGAAAUUGAUUGGAUGGAUAAAGUGAUUGAACUGAAAAACUGCAUCAACAUGAGUGAUGUUAUAAACGUGAAGGACCGAGGGCCAGUUGUAAGCCUGUGGCCAGAGAAAGGCAAGGAAAAUGAGAUAUAUAACAAACUGAAAAAUGUGCCUCAUAUGACAGUCUAUAGGAAAGAGGAUAUCCCUGGUAGAUUUUAUUAUAAAAAGGGGAAAUUUGUUUCUCCGCUGACACUGGUAGCUGAGGAAAGAUGGUUCAUAGCAGAGAGCAGAGAAUCGCUUCCAUUUUGGGAUAAUGGCACUGGAAAACGAGAAGCUUGGCAGAAGGGAUGGCAUGGCUAUGAUAAUGAAUUCAUAGAUAUGAGAGGAAUCUUUUUUGCAUAUGGACCAGAUUUCAAGUCUAACUUCAGAGCUGCACCAAUCAGAUCAGUUGAUGUGUAUAAUGUUAUGUGCAAAAUCGCCGGAAUUCCACCACUGCCAAACAAUGGAUCCUGGUCGAGAGUGGCCUGUAUGUUGAAAGAUAAUGCCAAUUUGGCCCCGGCGUUCCAAUGGAGCAGCUCUGUGCUGGGACUUAUUCUGUUUUCAUUGUUUGUAUAACAGAUCUUGUAACACCAGUCUCAGUACAAUGUCAGUCAGUGUGUCUAGUUUUUUUCCCCUCUUCCAUUUCAAUGGCAGCAUUGAAAUGGAAAAUUCUGUCAGGAGAAAAUGAUAUAAAUUUAUUUCUGAAAAUCCUGGUGCCAAAUGCUUGGAGGGGUACAAACAAACAAAAACUAGUGUGAGUUGGUUCCAAUAGGUACAUGUUGUCCAUUACCAAAGCAAGCCCUGCUUCCGCCUUCUGCCAUCAGCUCCAGAAUUAAUCCCCAGGGGACUGAAACCAGUAAUCAAGAUGAACCAACUCAAAGCAGGCAGACCCACUUGCUAAUAACAUCUUUUUCUAGCAGUUUUCUGCAUUUGUAAUACAUUUACAUUUAGACCAGCUUUUCACAGUCAGUCACCUCCCAUCAUGUAUUAUUUCUAUGCUGUCCAUAAUUGUCUGACAGCCAAUCUGGUGGGCUAAUUUGCCAGGGAUAGUUCACAUUGGAGCCAGUUGUAUGGAAAGCAGUGGAAAAAUAGAUACUUUAAAAGUUUUAGAUGGAGCUUCCUUAUAUACAUACCUGACAGGUGACAGCCUGAUCAAUAGUAUGUAGUUGUUGUAUAGAAUCCACUGGAGCCUCUUGGCAAUCUCUCUAUGAAGACCUCAGCACUUCAUGUGGCUGCCUGUCCCAGUAGCUGUUAGGUCAGGACAUUCCUUCUGAUGCUAACCUGAACCUGCUUCCUUUAGUUAUUCCUUUUCUUUGUGACAACAAACCUUUGGAAAGAUGAAAAGUGCUCUAUCACCUUCAAUUAUUUCUUCUGUGGCCUCAACAUAAUCAGAUCCUUUCAAUGUGUGCCAUUUAGUCACCAGCUGCUGAGCUCAGCCUCAGAGAGGUUGAAGAGAAGAGACCAGUGGAGAAUAGUGGUGGUGUAUAAAGAGGCCUUCAAACUUGGGAAAUUGAUUUGGGCUAAUAAUAAUGAUCCCAAUGACUAUUGACACACUUGGUGCCAUAUCAAAAAAUUCUGGACCACACUUAGAAAAUCUGCAUAUUGACAAAAUUUCCUUCUAUCAAUUACAAAAGGUUACACUGAUUGUAUCCGCAAUGUACUCCACUGAGUACAUUUCAUACAACUAUACACAUUUAAAGACAGGCAGAACAAUUCCAUAAUAACUGAUAAACAUUGACAUGUGCUUUUAAAUCUCAAGUGAAUCAUUGAAUCAAUUGGAAUGGAGGAAAAGAAAAUCAAUCUUUUGUUAUCUGGCUAUUGAAUAUAGAAGGCAAUUUAGUUCUUGUUAAGCAUUUGCAGUAGUUGGAAAACAAAGACCUAUUGUUUAAAGGUCUGCAUGCUACAUUAAUAGAGCAGACUGUUUGAAUUCUUUGGAGCAAUGUUCCCUCCCAUUAAAAAAAUCAUUCAAAACCUUCAUUAAACUGACAGAAUAUUACAAUUUUACAAGCUACACAAACACAAAAAACAGUGGUCAGAAAGUUUCAUUAUUUCGUUGUCUCUUGCUCACAUCAUUUUAAUCUGUUUAUGAAAACUCUUUUAAUAAUAGUUGGGUUACCCCAGACUGUAGAUUAGUGGAAUGGAAUUUUGAACUGAGGCCUUAUUUUGAACAGUGCACAUAGGAGGAUAAAGCCUGCUUUUAUUGACUGCUGCUAAGCCAAAUGAUUCUGAAGCAGAACUUUUCAGACAUGUUUGCAGAGUGACUAUGGAAGCUUACUGAUGUGUAGCAGGAUAGCAGCAUCAUUCCCCCAAAUAUGAGUUAUUUAAAUAAAAGAACUACUUGGAUUAAUGGCCUAUAGAAAAG